AUGAUUGCAUGGAUGUUGGUGUGCGGUAUUGGUGGCACUAUUUCUCAACGAACUCUCAUCGAAACUGGAGAACGUUUCGGAUGGAUUGCUGCAUGUGCCGGUAUCAUUGUAUCGCUAUAUUUGGCAAUAAUGGCACUUUUUUGUUUAAAUCUUAUGACGGAAAAAGUGUUCAGUCCGGAACGGAACAAUAAAUAUGUUAGUGCGCAUUAUCCGCAUAAUACGAGGAUAUGA